CGCUUGAAACCCUAUAUGCCUACGCUGAUCUCUGAAAAUCAGGCGGCUUUUGUAGCAGGUCGUCAAAUUCAAGAUAAUGUGGUCAUUGCACAUGAAAUGUUCCACCAUAUUAAACUUCUUCGAAAUGUUGGAGAUGAAGUCUUUGGUUUGAAAUUGGAUAUCAAUAAGGCUUACGAUUGCGUAGAAUGGGAUUUUUUAGAGGCGGUGUUGCUUAAACUUGGAUUUGCAGAUCAUUGGGUUCUUCUGAUCAUGAGGUGCAUUCGUUCUGUGUCUCUGUCUACUAUGGUGAAUGGUAAACCUUCAGCAUUCUUUACUCCUACUCGGGGAAUUCGCCAGGGUGAUCCUCUAUCUCCAUAUCUCUUCCUUUUUGUCACAGACGUGUUGUCUACUAUGCUUACAAAGGCCUGUAGCAAUCAGUGGUUGCGUCCUCUUCAUUUAACUGUCCCUGGUCCAAUUAUCAGCCAUUUAUUUUUUGCGGAUGACUCUCUGCUUUUCUUCCAAGCUUCUCGACAAAAUGCUAUGGCCCUGGUUUUUUUAUUGAAAUCGUAUAGUACUGCCUCAGGUCAACAAAUCAACUAUGACAAAUCUAUGCUCUACUUUAGUCCUAAUACUCAUCCUGCUUUGAUUGUGUCUAUUACUUCUAUUCUAAGAGUUCAUUCUACGGAUAAUCCGGGCUCCUAUUUAGGUUUGCCUACUGUUUGGGGCAGAUCGAAGCGUGCAGCUUUGGGUUAUGUUCGAGAUGCUGUUCUUAGGAAAAUUCAAGGUUGGAAACAAGCUUCAUUAUCUCCGGCAGGAAAGGAAAUCAUGAUAAAGGCGGUGGCUAUGGCACUUCCUGCCUAUCCAAUGUCAAUUUUCAAGUUUCCAAAAUCCCUUUGUGUUCAGAUUAAUAAUGCUUUGGCAAAGUUUUGGUGGGGUACAAAUGGUGACAAGGGUAUUCACUGGAAGCAUUGGGAUCUUUUGUGCAAUCCGAAAUCUGUGGGAGGUCUUGGUUUUCGUAGCUUACAGGACUUCAAUUUAGCUUUGUUAGCUAAGCAGGGUUGGCGUCUGCUUCAAAAUCCUUCUGCAAAAUGGGCUCAGGUCCUGAAAUAUAGGUAUUUCCCAAAUACCUCCUUCAUGGAGGCCAAACAGGGUCCUUCAUCUUCCUGGGUGUGGGCGAGUCUGUUGGCUGGUAGAGAUGUGUUAUUUAAAGGCUCAUUAUGGAGAGUGGGUAAUGGUCACUCUAUACAUUUAUGGAAUGACAAAUGGAUCCCAAACACUCCCAGCUUCAGUACUAGGUUCCCUUCUCUCCUGCCUGUCUCACAAUCUGUAAACACCCUUUUAGAUUUCUCUACCCUCACCUGGAAUUUGGAGUCCCUUCAACAUGUGCUCACUCCGGGUGAUUCUUCUGUGAUUCAGGCCAUUCCUAUUUUCAGUGAGUUGGUUGAUGAUAAACUCGUGUGGCCUCAUGUUACGAAUGGUGAGUAUUCGGUGAGGUCGGGCUAUCAUGUCUCUUUUAACUCAAAUAUUAUUGCUUCAGCUCCAUCUCCACAUUCCUCUCAUGUAGUCCCUCGAUCAGUUUGGACUUUGGUUUGGACUAUUCGGAGUCUUCCAAAAAUAAGGAUUUUCCUAUGGAGAGUUGUGUCUAAUGUGUUAGCAACCAAACAGAAUUUGUUUAGAAGACACCUGGGGCGCUCACCUCUCUGUCCUUUUUGCUCAGAAUUCCCAGAAUCAGUGGAACAUCUUCUUCUCUCUUGUCCUUGGGUUGUGCAAACCUGGUUUUUGCACCCACUGGGAUAUCGGAUUCCCUUGCAAUCCCUUACUUCUUUUGAUCAGUGGUUAAGUACUCUACUUAUUCCUCUUCAUUCUGAGUUGUCAAGAUCUGUGGUGCUUACUCAUAUCAGCUUUCUUCUUUGGCACAUUUGGAAGCAUCGGUGUGAUUGCAUUUUCAAUUACAAGGUUCCUAAUCCGACUUUGGUGGCUACAAGGGCUUUUGUGGCUUCUUCAGAGUUUUUAACAUCUCGUACUCUGUCUCUUACUUGCAAUAGGCCUCCCCCUCCUCCCCCUCCUCCUCCUCCACCUUGGACUCCUCCUUGUUUAGAUUUUGUUAAGAUAAAUACAGAUGCUUCUUGGGAUAAACAAUCUCUGCAGGCUGGUUUGGCAGUGAUAGUUCGAAAUAGUUCUGUUGUUAUUCCUUACGUUAGCUGGGUUUGGACCAGCAGGAACGCCAAUCAAGCUGCUGAUCAUAUGGCUUCUUUGUCUCGCAGGAGGAUGGGCCCUUCUGAUUGGGUUAAUCAUCCUCCUUCUACCUUCACCCGUAUUCUCCUUUAUGAUGCUGGACAUGCUCCUACUUAAUAGUCUUUUGGUUUCUGGCUCCUCAGCUUUGUUGUUUUUGCUGGGGAGUUUGUCUUUCUGUUUUGCUUCUUUUUGCUUUGUUUCUUUGUUGUUGUUUGGUCCCUUUGUGGUUAAUGAUUGAUUACUUGACAAAAAAAAAAAAAAAAACAUAUGAGAUAAAGAACCCAGUAUAUGAUUUAUAUAACUCACUGCCCAUCAUACUUCUCUACAUGCCCAUCAGGCUAACCAACCAAAAAUUUGGUUUUAAGCCUCUUUUGUAUUUCCCAGCGGAUAAGAACAUGCUGCAACUAAUUCUUUAAAUACCAUUGCAGAAAGCAUGCUCCAAGUACAUGAAUUUGACCAAGAAAUGACACUGCUAGUCUUUUUCAUGAAGAUUCCUUCUCAAAUUUCCAAGAGUUGGUAACCCGUCAUUACGAAUUUAUGAUCACAUUAUGGGAAAACACCUAUUCAUGUACCUGACAUGUCACAUUGAUGAGGACCUCACAGCACUCUCCUCUUUAUGCUACCAGCCGGCAACAAUUAAACUUCAUCAAGCCUACAUUUUUUACUCCUGCACUAUCUUUGUUUAAUAACAAAGGCUUGGAUUAAAGCUUUUAGCCAAGUUAGCCACC